AUGGCUGAAGCAGAACUUGAAAAACUGCGGAAUGAAUAUCAAGAUCUGACACAAAGUUAUGAACAGAAAUGUCAAGAUAUUCGAGAAGCAGCAGCUGCGGGUUUAAAAUUAUUAGGGGAGAAGGAUGAUCUACAAAAACGAUUGGAUGAGAUGCAGGCGGAUUUGGAUUCGACAAGAGCUGAGGUGGAGAAGGUUAAUCAGACCCUUGCUGAAUACCGUUCCCAACAUCAACGAUCAACUCGAAGUGAACUCGAAAAUGAGGAAUCACUUCUGGAAGAAAGUUCAGCAAAAGAAGAAGAAUACCUCCAGAGAAUUGCCAAACUUGAAUUGGAAUUGAAGAAAAAAGAACAAGAAUUGGCAGUGAAGAAGGAAGAAUUAGAGAGAAUUGAGAAGCAACAUUCGAAAGAAAUGGAUUCUGGAGCAGUUUUAGAAGAUGAACGGAGGAAACUGAGAGCAGAAUUGAAGGAAACGAAAGAAAGAGAACAGAGAUUGAUGGCUGAAUACUCGGAAUUAGAAGAAGAAAAUAUUGGAUUACAGAAGACUGUUGCGAAUUUAAGAGGGAGUCAAGUGGAUUAUGAAUCAAUGAAAAUUGAUAAUAAUCGACUGGAAGAUAAUAUUCACAUCUUGAAAUCGUAUAAUGAAGAGAGCGAAAUGCUUAGAAUUAUUGCUGAGAAACAGUUGGAAGAAGCUCUACAAACCGCACAACAGGAAAGAGAUCAACGAUUGGCGAUGAAAAGAGAAUUGGAUCAAGUGAAAGCUGCAGAACAUAUCAGUUCCCUCAAUGAUUGGAUUUGUGAAUUGGAAGAGGGCGGGACCCUCCCAACUCCACAACCUGGAGCAAGUGAUUUAUUCAGUGAGCUGCAAGGAUCAAGUGAUGUGAAAGUGAGAGAAUUGGAGGCUGCAAAUGAUGGACUUUUGGAAGAAAUGAAGAGUAAAGAGAAGGUUUUCAUUGAAUUCGUCACUGCUUUGGGAGAUUCACUCAAUAUUCAUCGACCAACUAAUGAACUCGACUACAUGCAUGCUCGACAACAGAAAGAUGUGAUUCUUGAUAAACUUCAAAAUACUGCUCGAGAUACGGAUCGUCAUGAAAAAGAAGGAGAAGAGAAGAAAUCUGGUAUUCUGAAGGCAGAUUUGAGGUAUCUCGUGUUAUUAGCUGGAGAGAAAAAUGCACAGUUGGCUGCUGCUCAGGACGCAAUGAUUCAAGCAUCAGACCAACUAUACCAAUUUUAUCAUCAAAUGACACAGAAUCAAGGAAUUUCAACAGAGAAAAAUGUACAAGAGAUUGUCAAAAAACUUCGCCAAUUGGCGCGUGACAACGCAGAAGACGUGCCACGCGUCUCUUUGGCAGAAGAAGGAGUUGAAAGUGGAACAGAAACAGAUGUAAAUGCAUCUAGAUCUAUCCCAUUGAACUCUGAUCGUCUCGUGAUUGCACCGAGUUUCGCUAAAGAAAUUGAGAAGAAAUUGGCGAGUGUGAAGGUUCAAGAUGUUCUUUCGGAGACUGAUUUGAGACAGAGAAUUCUUACUGAAGGAAACCCAAUUUCUGAAACAACGGAUUCGUUGAAAAAGAUGCUUCAAGUUGUGAAAAGAACAUCCGAACAAGCAUUCAAUCAAGCUGUUAUGGCAAGUGGUGCUGAAAAUGAAAUCGAGAUGCAAAAUAUGAAAUUGAGAAGUCUUUUGUCAACGAAGAGAGAUCAAAUCUCGACAUUGAGAACUGUUUUGAAGUCGAAUAAGUUGACAGCAGAGAGUGCAUUGAGUUCAAUGAGAGAAAAGUUCGAGUCAGAAAAGAAAAUGCAAAUGGAUAUCACGGAGAAGAUGAGAAGAGAACUGAAACAAUUGAAGGAAGACGCUGCCACGUUCGCUUCGAACAGAGCAAUGUUCAAUGCGAAGUGUGAAGAACUUCGAUCAGAGGUCGAGGACUUGAAAGCAGACAAAGCUGCAAAUGAAGAAGAGAAGAAGACUUUGAAUCAACUUCUUCGUUUGGCUAUCCAACAGAAACUCUCAUUAACUCAACGAUUGGAAGAUGUUGAUAUGGAUAGAGACAGGCAAACAUACAAAAGAACGAGUACAAAGGCUCCGACGAGAGAGACAUAUCAACCUCCGAAAGCCGUUCGCUACCCAGCAAAUAAUCAAUCGUCAGCAGCCCCUCCGGCACCUUCGGGGGGCUCACGGGGAGGGCCACGCAGGGGAGACAAUCAGCAGUAA